UGGAAUUUACGUUUCAGCGGAAGGGUCGGGGGAGGCGUAUGCCACAACGUAAGCUAUUUCCUCAUCAGUAAAACGGUGGGACAGCUUCCUAGGUUCCCUUUGAACGUUUAGGGCCUGUUAGUUUAGCAUGUGAUCAAAGCUCAGAAUAUAGCAAGAGCUGCCUACUACUAUACAGUCAGUACACGGUUGAUCAUGUGCGUAUUACGGCUUUCCUUUACAAACAGAGACAACUAACACAAUUGGGUAGAACUAUGUUCAAAAUUCUAUUCAAUUUCAACACAUUCGCGAUGCAUCACGACCCUCUCUACUUUGCCUCUGACCCAUGGUUAGCAGCUGCCCCUAGUUUCAAAAGGCUCGGUUAGGCAUUUGGUAUUUCGCCCGUCUUGUAUUUGCUCGUCGUCACGGGUUAGGGCUGCAGAAAAGCUGGUUUCGGUUUAGCAGGGCAGCAAGGUGCUGGGGAGAAAGGGAGGCGUCACGCUACGUUAACAAUACAACCCAAGGGACUGAAUGAAAAAGACGGCAGUGGUGCUAUGACCAGGCAGAGGCCGUGCAGGUUUCAGAGCAGCUCUCCGUUCUCCAUAUCGAACCCGGAAGCUUCUUCCAAAACGCGCCCUUUCAGCAUUCUAGCCCGCCCCAAGAAGUGCCCAUCCCGCCACGACCGCUGCAGCAGGCCAGAAAAGCGCGGCGUCUAAAACUGCGGCUGAGGUGGGGCAGCGGCAAAGAUCCCCCUCACCGUACAGCGAGCUCCGAGGCUGCUCGCUCGCCAGCCCGCGCUCCCGCGCCGCGGGCCACGCCCAUGACGUCGCCGAACAGGGCGGGGCGAGCCGGAGGGGCAGGACGAACCCCGGCGGUUGAAUGGGGCGACGCGACGAGCCGCGCAUUCCAGCGGGGGCACGUGACGCGGCCGCGCGGCCUGAGGUAAACAACCGCGGCCCCGCCCCCUGGCCCCUCAGCGAGCCGCGCGCUGCUCCUAGCCGGUGGGACGUGCUCCAGCAGGGCGGGCGGCUUCCUCCGAGAGUCCCCAGCGGCCGCCGCGGGCCGGAGCAGCUGAAGCGGGCGCACGCGUCCCGGGUCUGCGGGCCGAGCGCGCCGGCAGGGGUCGAGCGCGCGUCCCCUCCCCGCCCCCACCGCGUGCUGUGGCGCAGCAGGAAUUUGGCGGGGCCCCGGGCGCUAUAUGCGGCUCCUGACGCGCCGGCGGCCCUUUGGUCAUUGCUAUUCUCGGGGCACUGGGUCACCGCGCUCGGCCGGCCCCCUCUCCCGGGCCCGGAGGGUGUGUCCCCUCACCGGGGCUCGGCGCGCCUAUAAGGGGCCGAGCGGCGGGCAGGGACAUGCAGCUCUACAGUAGCGUCUGCACCCACUACCCAGCCGGGGGCCCUGGUCCCACGGCCGCAGCCCCCGCUCCGCCCGCCGCCGCAGCCGCCGCCGCCGCCGCCCAGUUCAAGGUAUCGCUGCAGCCCCCGGGACCCGCCGGCGGCGCGCCGGAGCCCGAUACCGGUGAGUGCCAGCCGGCCGCGGCCGCCGAGCCCCGCGAAGCCGCCGCCGCCCCCGCCGCCAAGAUGCCCGCCUUCUCCUCCUGCUUCGAGAUGGUGUCUGGGGCCGCCGCCCCCGCCUCGGCCGCCGCCGCCGGGCCGCCCGGCGGGUCCUGCAAGCCGCCGCUGCCGCCGCACUACACGUCCACGGCUCAGAUCACCGUGCGGGCCCUGGGCGCCGACCGGCUCCUGCUGCGCGGCCCGGAGCCCGGCGCCGCGGCGCCCGCCGCCCCGCGCGGCCGCUGCCUCCUGCUGGCUCCGCCAUCCGGCGCCCCGGUCCCCCCGCGGCGGGGCUCCUCGGCCUGGCUCUUGGAGGAGCUGCUGAGGCCCGACGGCCCCGAGCCCGCCGGCGUGGACGCGGCCCGCGAGGGGCCCGAAAGAAACUUCCGACUGAGCGAGCACCGCCAGGCCCUGGCCGCCGCCAAGCACCGCGGCCCCGCGCCGCCCCCGGAGAGCCCGGAAGCCGGCCCCGGCCCGUGGGCCGAGGAGCGCCCUGCGGAGAGGAGCCUCCGGGGCUGGGACAGGGCCGGCGACCGCGUCCACCCUCCUCCCAGCGCCGACGAGGCGCGGCGGCCCGACCCGGAGGCCGAGGCGCCUCCGGCGCGAAGCGGCGAGGCGGUCCCGGGUGGCGCGGCCGAGGCGGCGAUCGUCUCCAGGUCGGAUCCCAAGGAUGAGAAGCUGGCCCUGUACUUGGCCGAGGUGGAGAGACAGGACAAGUACCUGCGGCAGAGGAGCAAGUACCGAUUUCACAUCAUUCCCGACGGCAACUGCCUCUACCGAGCGGUCAGCAAGGCGGUGUACGGGGACCAGAGCCUGCACCGGGAGCUGCGGGAGCAGACGGUGCACUACAUCGCCGACCACCUCGACCACUUUAGCCCCCUGAUUGAGGGCGACGUGGGGGAGUUUAUCAUCGCCGCUGCUCAGGACGGGGCGUGGGCCGGGUACCCUGAACUUCUGGCCAUGGGGCAGAUGCUGAACGUGAAUAUACAUCUAACUACUGGCGGGAGGCUGGAGAGCCCCACGGUGUCUACCAUGAUUCACUAUUUGGGCCCAGAGGAUUCCCUAAGGCCUAGCAUUUGGCUCAGUUGGCUCAGUAACGGACAUUACGACGCGGUGUUUGAUCACUCCUAUCCGAAUCCGGAGUAUGACACUUGGUGCAGGCAGACUCAAGUGCAAAGAAAACGCGACGAAGAACUCGCCAAGUCCAUGGCCAUAUCCCUAUCCAAAAUGUAUAUUGAACAAAACGCAUGCUCUUGAAGUGUCUGAAUCCCUCCACCCUGGGAAAAUUGCAGACCUAAUUUGUGUUUGGAGAAUUACAUGAACUCUAAUCAGGGUAAUAGCACUUUUAAACUUUCAAGUAGAUUUACUGUAGGUGUAAUGCCUUAAUCAUUUUUUUGAAUGUUUUCUCCUCAGAGCUGAAGGUUGCUGGGCACCUAAGUGAUGUUUCAUGAUAGCUUUGGGUGAUCCUACUGCUAUUUAUCAUUUGCUGUACAAAGUUGGCACUACUUAAUUUGCAAGCUGGUUUCUCACAGUGUAAAUUUUGUUCAUUCCUGGUAAUCUAUUUUCUAUAAGAAUGUAUUUUUGCACAGCAUUUUUAACAAUUGGUGUAUCUUCAUCUAUGAUGUGUUCCAUUUUGACACACAGCUUUCCGGCAUAAAUCCAGAGAAGUGCUUUAUAUGAAGUUUAUUAUUUUAGACAGAGUUUGUGAUUUAGUAUUUUUUGUUGUUGAAUUUGGAUUUUACAGUUCCUAAGUAAUUAUUUAAAAUGGAUAUUGAUGCAUUCAUAUUACCAGAUGAUUGGCCCGUUCCGUUUUGAUGAAACAGAUUUGUUGUUUGGAAAAUCAUUAUUUUUCUAGAAAUGGUCAACCUUUUAAAGAGAAAAUACUUAAGGGGAGGUUAUGGGAAGAAUUUUUUUUUUCUUUAAAGAAUAGUACCAGCUCUUACUUGAAUGAAAGUCUGAUAUUUGCUGAUGGCAGAGUGAUUAUUCUGUACUCUGGUUGAGGUUUAGAGUAGAUUGUCUGGUGCUCUCAAUUGUUUUUAUUUAUAUUUGUCAUUUUGUUGAAAAAAUAAUUUUAACGUGAUAGAAGACUUUGUGACGAGAUAAGCCUCCUGCUUUAUAUACAGCCUCUUGGAUUCACCCGAGAGAUUGAAAAACUAAUGGCAUAAAUGCCCCCAACCAACCUUGGCAGUUAUUUUCCAGCAGAAGAAUACUGUCUUCAUAGUCUAUUCCUUUUAAAUUCUUUCACAAGGCAAAAUAGGAUUGCCCUGUAUUAUGUACAAAUAAAAAUGCCUGUAUACAAGAGCUUGUAUGGUUUGCUGGGUCAAACAAUGUUUCCAACCUAAAACCUAUCUCAUUUCCACUUUAACUACUUUUAGUCGUAUUUAUUAAGUAAUGCAGUUUGUACUUUUUUAUUUUGUAACAUUUUGUGAUUUUUUUGUACAAUAUCGUAUUUGUACAAUUGAGCAAUUCUCAGCUGAUGGAAUGAAUGAAUAAAAUGUGUAAUUUUACUUUUA